AUGGCUGUCAAAACAACAAUAUGUUUCUUGCGGAGGUCAUGUCCUUGUAAUCUUUUAGGUACAUUACCUAUGCAGCCCUUAUCAGCGAACGGCAGUCGUCGAUGCAGUUCAAGUCAACCAACCAAACAAGGGAAUUCAACUAGAAAGGUGCGUGCGUCACUAACUAACUAGCUAGUUAUAUGAACUCCAAAUGUUUCAUGGGAUUGGGUUGAUUACAAUGAUUUGUCAUCAAUUAAUUGAUUUCGUGUGCUUAUUACAUGUCUCUGGUCUGAAUCUCAACCUAGACUGGAAACCGGACGUUGAAUUGAAUUGAAUUAUAUGUCGGGCAUAAAUGAGCGUUUGGAUCAGGAGAGUUUCCUCUCACGACCUCUACAAGCCAGAAAAUGGAAUAAAAUGAUAUUUUAACUGACCUUACUGGUUGUCCGUGCAGUUGGUCAUUUUGCAGGUUGGAAUGUGAGACAAUAUAUCUACAGGAAUGUAUAAUUACAUCAACUUUUCAAAGCGCUGGUAGUGCAUUCAGAUUUCUAUCACCUGAAGCAUGCACACAAGAUGAAAAUACUUGCACGAGACGCAUGCAUGCUUGCCGAACUCGUCCACAUGUUUACAUGGUUCUGCACCUGCACGUGUUUACAUAGAACUAGCUAGUAACAGCACUCUUCUUGGUUGAUGAGAAGAAGCAUAUUCUUACUGCUAGUUACAAGUCAUACCAUCAUCAUACACAACAGGGCAACUUCCUGCUUACAGAAAUAUUUGCCAAGACUACCACUAUUGCCUCUUCCUAAUGUGGACAUGCCUCAAGGGAGGCUGCAAAUUGGUAAGGUGCUGGCAGAUUUGAAUUCAAAUGUGGAUUUCUCUAUGCAGGAAGUCACUCUGCUGUGUAUGAUUAUGUCAUAAAACAAAGCUAAAAUGUUGCAAGGAGCCAGCAGGCGAUACUGUCACCUAAUAACCAAACCCCCUAAAUAAGAAAAUUGCCUGGCUUCAAAUGUUGAAUUGAUAUGAGGGGAUGGUUAUAAGACAGCCAAGGUGUGAUACACUUUGCUGUGUACGGGCUGUUUAUGGAAGUAACAUUGAUUAGAAUGUUUGAUUUAUCUUUCUUUUUGAAACAGAGAUCCCAGUUCAUCCCAGCUGCUGACUCUAAGCACGACUGGAUUGGUCCCCCACAUAGGCUGUCAAACCUGCGGCCGAUAUUAUACCACAUCCAUGUGAAUGAGACUGAACUCAAGAGGCAGCUUAGAACCUUGAGGCAAGAGACGAAGGAUUGGAACCAUGCAUUCUAGACAAAUCAGAACAUCACUUUCAACAAGGUUGGCAUCCUCAAUUAUUCAUUGACUCAACUCAGAGGCACCUAAAGAAGUAGUGCACUGAGCCUCACACAUUAUUUACUACUUACCUCAGCUGUUGUUGAUAGUUUUACGUUUUACUAGUCGUAUGUACAGGAUACAUAUGGUAUACACCGUCCAACUAAAUGCUUACUUGCAGGUUCCUUCUCGACAAUGCAACAACAAUAAGAAAUAAUAAAAGAGAAGAAUACGAACAUGAAGUAAAUGUCUCAGUAGAAUAGAAUAAACAUGUUAGUAUAAUACAGGAAGGCACAAUUUAUAGUCCAAUAUUUACACGUGUUUUGGGGAAGGGGGGAUUGGGGGGCAAGUGUUUAAAUUGUACAGUAUUUAGCAAUAAUAAUAAGAGUCUGGUAGCAGCAGUUGUGAUGUGUGUGUGUGUGUGUAGCAUGAAUGUGUGUGUGUUUGUGGAUGAGUGUAUGUUUGUGUGGGUGAGUGAGUGAGUGUAUGUGUGCUAAGGUGUGGAGAGUCAGUGCAGGUGGUCAGUCCAGUUCAAGUGUUCAGCAGUCAGAUUGCUUGGAGGUAGAAACUGUCUCUGAGCCUGUUGGUAUCAGACCUCAUGCUCCGAUACCGUCUGCCCGACGGUAAGGGAGUGAACCGCUCGUGGCUGGGGUGUGUGGGGUCCUUGAUGAUGAUGCAGGCCUUCCUCAGGCACCGUUUUGAGUAGAUGUCCUGGAUGAGUGGGAGCCCGGUCCCAGUGAUGUCUUUGCCACUCGCUGGAGGGCUUUUUCAACAAUCAACUCCUUUGUUUUGCUGACUUUGAGGGAGAUGUUGUUGUCCUGGCACCACAAUACCAGUUCACUUACCUCCUCGCUAUAGGCUGACUCGUCCUUGUUGGUUAUUAGGCCUACAACUGUGGUGUCAUUUUACAUUUACAUUUAAGUCAUUUAGCAGACGCUCUUAUCCAGAGCGACUUACAAAUUGGUGCAUUCAACUUAGGAUAGCCAGUGGGACAACCACCACUGGGGGAGGGGGGGUGUAGAAGGAUGGGUUAUCAGCAAACAUGAUGAUGGAGUUGGUGUCGUGCAAAGCCACGCAGUCAUGGGUGAACAGGAAGUGCAGCAGAGGGCUGAGGACACACCCCUGGGGGGGCCCUGUGUUAAGAGUCAGUGUGGAGGAGGUGUUGUUGCCAAUCCUCACAACCUGUGGUCUGCCUGUCAGGAAGUCCAGGAUCCCGUUGCAGAGGGUGGUGUCCAGACGCAGGGCUCUGAGCUUGGUGUCGAGCUUGGAGGGAACAAUAGUGUUGUGAUACACUUUUACUGUGUGUUUCUUGGUUAUUUUACUUAAUUUCAGCAGCCUCUGUCUAGCAUAAGCCUCCUUGGACCUUAAAUGAAAUGUCCUAUGUAGUAACAGCCAAGCUAAGCAGGAACCUAUUAGAAAAUGUGUGUUUUGAGUGAGGUAUAAUAAAUAUAGAUAACACACCAGAGGGCAGCACUGCAUUGUUUGUCAAAUAUUGAGGUGAAUAUGUUAUACAGUAACGGUACUGUAGUAGUGUAUUCAUUUUUUUUUUUACUGUGUGAUGUGUUCUAAGGCUAUUUCUGUUUUCCCAUUUAGGAAAAAGAUACCUUCAUCCUCUCACAACUCAAGGAGAAUGUAUUGACUGAGAGAGAUGAGGAA